AUGUCGGAUGUUGUAUCUCUCACUGGGGCCGUAGGACGCCUACCGGAAGCGGCCCCUAAUGUGGUCACAUUCGCCCUCACCGAGCGGCCCAAGGCCAACCGGAGACACGCUCCCAAAUCCCGGGCUGGGUGUGUUACAUGCAAGAAGCGGCGUGUGCGCUGUGAUGAAGCGAAGCCGACAUGUCUGAACUGCGCAAAAUCCAAACGAGCGUGUGAAGGAUACGUCCAGAAGCCGGCGGCCACAGAAGCCAAGUUGCGAGAGCAUCGGCCAAUUCUCAUCAAGCCAAACUACGAGACCCAGGUCUUCACCAGCCAGCUCGAAAGGGACCAAUUCGAGUACUGGAUGACAUUCAGCAAAGAGUUCACCCUGUUUCCCUCGGACCUCGUGACGCAGCUGAUCCCCCAGAUCGCCCGCGAGGAACCCGCCAUCCGCCACGCCGCCUUCGCCAUCGGCGCCGCCACCCUCGGCAGCGAUAGCCGCGGGCAACGGACCUCCGGCGCCGGCCCGUACAUGAAAGACGCCUUCCGGCACUACGGCCGGGCGAUCCAUCUCAUCCGGUCUAGCGAGUCGGACCCUAGGAGCAUGCCGCGUGCCCUUCUCUCGUGCCUGCUGUUCGUCACGUUCGAGGCGAUCCAGGGAAACUACAGGGCCGCCCUGACGCACAUCAACCACGGCUGCAGCAUGCUCGACCAGCUCCUGCGGCAGGGCGUCAGUGGGGCGUGCCCCCCGAAGCUCGUCGACGAGGUCAUGUCGGGCUUCCAGCGCUUUACGCUCCAGUCGUGGACCGUCAACGGGUACCAUCCGCCCGAGACGGAGACGUGGGUGCCGUGGUGCUGCCGCGGCAAACGGAGCCGAUACGCCGUCGACGAGCUGCCGGCCCUGUUCGGCGACCUUUCCGAGGCCCAUCGGUGGUGGGAAGUCGUGCAGCAUCACAUCGUGUACCGUACGCAGAUGUCCUCGUCUCUGCGAUUCGAGGACCCCUCGGCGCCUGCGGCAGGAUUGAAACAGCUGUCCCAAGAUCAGAUCAAAGAGUACUGUGGUAUCCUUACCCGGUGGAGGUCCAGCUUCCAGCACCUGGAUGAAAAAGGCAGUGAAAAAACCGAUGAGAAUACCCAUGGAAACACCGCGCCAGAUCUGAAUCGGGACAAGAUGCCACGACUUCAGAUGCUUAGUCUCAAGCUGUUGCACCUCUCAUUCGAGAUAUACGUCAAGACAUCUCAAUACACCAACAAGGAAGUCUUGACGAAGAUGACGCCUAGCUUCAAAGAGGUGGUGUCGAUGAGCAAAACGGUCCUCGAAGGGCAGUCGCCCUCAGACCAAUCCAAAGAGGUGUUCACCAUGGACACCAGCCCGAGCUGGUCGCUCCUCUCGGCCAGCACCUUUUGCAUGGACCCGGCCGUGAGGGAGGAGGCUCACUUCUUGCUGCGGGACUAUCCCCGGCGAGACGGCAUCUGGGACACGAGGCUGUUCACAGCCAUAUCCAAAGCGAGCCAAGACCCGCGGACACAGGAAAGCUGGGCGUGUGGCGAUCACUUCGACGCGGUGUUGCUCAACAAAGAGAUGGUGAUGUACAGAGACGAGGCCUGGCGGCGGAAAUUUGCCCUCGCAGAAGGAAGAUGGCGAAUUGUAGACGAGCAGAAGUUGCCGGUCGCGUCUUCCAAACGAACCACGUUACGAUGA